UAGCGAGUAGCGCGCGCCUUGGUGUGUGUGUUGGUCGGUUGGUCCCUCGCCGCCAUGCUAGUGGUUAGUUUAGUGAACCAAACAUCAUGAUGUGGCAAAACGUUUGCACGAGUUAAGGUUGGAGUAACGCCGCGUUACCGGCGAGCCGUCGUUAUGUUAUUCGUAAUUCACGUUCGAUAAGCGUAAACACGCUCGUGUUAAUAGUACAAAAGUUAAGUAGCCGCGACACGACGACGCAACGACACACAGUCCACAUCCGCGAGAAUCCGCGAUUCCCGCGAAUCGGUGCAGCGCCAAAGUCACACAAGCUUAAAUCCUAAUGUGAAGUCACGCGAAUGUGAACGUUCUCGUAAACAUCCUGACGAAGACGUUCCACACAGCUAGAGAGACGGGGUCUCUUUCUCAUUGCAACCAGAGAACAACAAGAACAGAAACGAUGCUGGAUCCAAGUGUAUUGACAGAUUUGGAGGAGUUGACACUAUGCAGUUAUUGCAAACAGAAGUACAACGAUUCAGAGCAAUGCCCAAAGUUUUUGAGUUGCAAGCACUUCUUCUGUUUGCGAUGCAUAGAGAACAAUUUCAUAAAAGGCCGUGAAUUAUUUUGUGCUCAUUGUUGGAAGAGAACUGAAUUGGGCGAUCAAGGACCCGAUGCCUUGCCAACGCAUUCUGCACUUCUUGCGCUAGCAAAUAAUUUUUCACAUCUCAAGAUAACAUCGAACAAUACGUCCGUUAAGCCCAUUGAGAAAGAGAGAAAGAGUGAGAAUUGUCACACGCAUGGCAUGCCACUAGCAUUAUGGUGUGGAACGUGUUAUACGUCCCUCUGUCGAGCUUGUGCAACACCACAGGAACACCCUGGUCACCAGAUUAAAUCACAGACUGAUGCCAAAGAUCAACUCAUAGCCGAUGUUCAAGUGGAAUUAGUUGCAAUGGGAAAAUUGUCAUCCGAAAUUCAAAGACUGGCAAUGCAACAGCGAGAAUUUUUAAUAAAAGUAUUGGAGGCUUGUGUAACAUUGAAAACGCACGUUGAAACCGAUUUGCAAAAUGGUUGGAGUCACUUCCCAGAGAUCACGGAUGCACGCGAAACAUUGGGCAAGGCAAAAGCGAGCUUGCAAAUGAUUGACAAUCCAAAUGACGUAUACAGUUUACAUUCACAGUUGAUUAUUGAAAAGCAAAGGUUGCAAUCAAAAUAUCAGGAGAUGAUAUUGCAAUGUCAAUUGGAUGAUUUAAUAGGCAAUUCGGGUGUGAUUUUUGAUUUUGCAUUAUUAAAGCAAGCAUUGGCUGGAAUUCAUUCGGGCGAGACGGUGUUACCUCAAACGCACGGUAACGGUGGUCGAUUAGCGGCUUCACAAAAUCCUAUUUUGUUUCUUGCUAAUUAUUGUAUGUCGCAAUUGUACUCGAGGCAUAUGGUCAGCAAGCAACACUUGCAAAAUGGUUCGAUAGACUAUCAUUCGAAUAUGAUGUCAUCGCAAGGACCAACAGGUUCGGUGCACGUUCAUCAGGGACCGCCUCAACAACAACAACAGCAACAACAACAACAGCAGCAACAACUUCUCAUUCCACCAGGUUCACCGUCCGUAAAAUCGGUCACGUCAGCGCCACCAAACACAAUGAUCCAUCCCCAACAGCAAUCCACAUUUAUAGCCGACGCCGGUUCUAGUAGCGGUCCUCUAGUUACUGUCCAUUCUCCUCAACAACCGUCCAGCAAUAUUAAUCUUCGCGGGCCCUCCAAUCCCUAUCCAAUGUAUUAUUUCAAUAUAGAAGUUAAUGGAUCGCCGCACGGUCGCAUUGUCAUUGAAGUGAGACCCGAUGCUGCGCCAAAAAUGGCGAAAAAUUUCAGUGUUCUUGCCACUGGGGAAAUUGGAGUUGGCUAUAAGGGUUGCUCGAUAUUUCAAUGUUGGGAGGGCGAGUCAGUGAUAACCGGUGAUUUUGAAUUGAAUAAUGGUCGCGGCGGUCGUAGUAUAUUUGAAGACGGUUAUUUUAUGCCUGACGAUACAAAAUUCCCAUCGGUGCGUGGUGCAGUCGGUAUGCGACGAACCCAAAAGCGUCACGACAAUCUCGGAAUGGUUGGUUCACAAUUUCGUAUAAUAUUACAGGAAAUGCGCGGUUUCACUGCAAUAUUCGGCCACGUUGUCGAGGGCCUUGAAUUGGUGGAAAAAAUAUCAACAUUCGGUGAUCAAACCGGCAAGCCAACGAAAUCAAUUUUGAUCACCAAAUGUGGUAAAUUGUAACGAUUGGAUGAGGCGCGAGUCCGACAAGUCGCCACGAUAUCCAUCGUUCUUUUUUUCUUGUUUUCCAGUCAUGAUUUUAUGAAAAGUUGCGUCGUUACUAUCAAAGGGUGGGUGGUGUGCAAUGAAAUAGUUCAAUUUUAGGGGGUGGGGGUCGGGGUGAUAAAAAGGCAAGUUUUAAUGAAUUAGGAAAAUUUAUUGAUGAAAUGUGUUCCGAACUAAUUGAUGUCAAGUCUUUGUGUAUGCAUGGCGGACACAAAAAAAAGAGUCUUGUUUUUAGAGAGGGAAAAUUUGUAGAAAUAAAUCGCUAGUUCGCGCAAUCGCUCCCGAAGUACCUUUUUUGUGCACGGUGCUUCAAACGUUAAAGAAAAUCACACAACUUUGAAUUAACUAAACGAUAGAUGAAGAUGAAGAAGAAGAAGAAGAAGCAGAGUGUUGAAUCUAUUUUUAAACGUGGAGGAAAUAAUGAAAAAUGCAUAUUUUGCUAUUGAUCGGGAAUUUUCGCGAAUCAAUAUCUAUUUAUAAAAAAAACGAUGAUCGGCGCGUACGUACCUCAGAUCGAUCUUCAUAUCGAUACGACUCCUAGCUAUAUUGGUACUUGUUUCAGAAAAAAUUUUCUGAACGUUUAUUUUCGCUAUCGGCGUAUUGUCUAGUUUUAAAUGCAUCGUGCCACCGCAACGAUAACGGUGUCUAAAAUGCAUAAACUUUAGCUCGUUGUUAGAUACGUGUAAAAUGGGGGAAUAAGUAUAAAAUAGACGGGGCGAUCGUACACAUAUAAAUAAAUAACAAAUAUACAAAAAAAAUAUAUAUAUAUAUAUUAUAAAAAGAAGCAUAUAUAUUUUUAGACGGGGACUUGUGUGUUUUUUGGCUCAAGUGCAUGACUUGACAAAAGUAAAAAAGAUAAAGAAAAAGAGUAAAAGAAAAACGACAUGAAGGUCGCAUAGAUUCAAUUGAAGCGGUUUUCGUUUCCUUUUUUUAUUUCCCUUUUUAAAAAAAUGGCCGAUCGUUACAUCCUUCCAAAGAAGAAAGAGAAAGGAAGAAGAUAGUCUGCGUAGCGAUUCCAAAAUACCUCCUAUUUGAACGUAGACUUUAAAAAGAAAAACUCCCUUUCUGCUUUCCAUCGACUAGCGGAUUUUGUCGUUGAAUAAAUAAUUAUGUUUAAGAUUGGAUCUCAUUGUCAGUACACGAAUGUAUGCAAGGCCUAAAAUACCGCAUAGAACGAACGUUUCGUAGCUUCUGAACGCGAAAAACGAAUGACAUAUGAGCGGAUAUAUUGUAUGAUGAAGAAAAAAAAUAAAUAUUUAACGAAAUCAUUCCUUUAUAAUGUAUAUCGAAAUAUGUACUACGACUAUGUAAUGCGUUAUUAAUAAUUGUGUAAAAUGUCGUGAAACAAAAAAAAAAUCCCAACGUAACGAAUGUAUUAUACUAUUACAAAUGUACACAUUCAUUUGCGAAAGCGAGUCGCGGAAUCUCGCAAAAAACGUACAGACACACCUAUAUAUUAUAGAUAUGCACGUCCUCGUCGUCGAGAUUGCCUUUUUCGAAGAAAAACCUCAUUCGAUGUUGAACUUGAAAGUUUUAACGCUGUUAAUUAUCUAUUAAAUGAGUAUGUAAACGCGCGAAAAACGCAUGACGAAUCGAAAAAUGCGGCUAAAAAAGAAAAUGCUAGACUCGGAAAAGGUGGACGAGCUCGAUUAGAAAAAAAAAAUCUCGUUCCGGUCGUAACGACAAAACUUGUACAAUAUUUCGAGCCUCGACGUGAGAAAAACAAAAAAACAAACAAAAAAAAUAAAUAAAAAUCUAUUAUAUAUAUACGAAUACACGCUCAUCUUACCGAAACGAGCAGCCCACCUGUACAUAUAUUUUUAUUGAACGUGAGGAAACAGAUCGAUCCGAUCUCGAGUAUCAUUGGCUCUCGAUCACUUGUCCUCGUGUUCAAGAAAAACAAAAAAAAAAAAACUUAGCGAUCAUUACACUCUUUAAUUCUUGUUUUUACGUCUUUCCAUUAUUCUUUAAUUUAAGGCACAACAAAAAAGAAAAAUCGAAUUUGUUCCUUUCAAGUUUUACGAAAAUGAUAGUUGAAAAAAACAGCACUUUUGUUUCAAAGAUCCAAAACUCAUUAUUUUACGGCUUGAAUAUUAUAUAAAUAAUCCGUUACCGAACUCGAUGUACUUUUUAAAUAUUCAAUUUUUGAGUUAUAAAUUUUUAUCCCCUUCAAAAACAAAAA